AUGGCUUCCUCUACGUCAGCAGAGGAUCCGUCGAUUAUGCCCACUGCGCAACAUUCGGGUGCCGGGCUGCCACGGGAUGUGCUUCCUAGUCCCGGCGAGAAAUCGCCAUUAACGAAUCCAUCACGUCGCAGUCAACAAAAUGCCAGCAAGGAAGUGAAACCAGACCGGUGGUGGAAGAUUCACCUGUUUCGCGGUAUGGUGAAUGACCUUCGUCGCCGAGCCCCGUUUUACUGUAGCGACUGGACCGAUGCUUGGGACUAUCGCGUGGUGCCUGCAACUGUGUACAUGUAUUUCGCCAACAUCAUGCCUGCCCUGGCUUUUUCUCUCGACAUGUUUACAAAGACAGGCAUGGAGUACGGUGUCAACGAAGUGCUUCUGGCCUCGGUCCUCGGCGCCGUGGUCUUCGCUGUACUUGCAUGCCAGCCGCUGGUCAUUGUGGGAGUUACCGGCCCCAUCACCGUCUUCAACUACACCGUUUACGAUAUCAUGGCUCCGACGGGCACAAACUACCUUGCCUUCAUGUGCUGGAUAGGGCUCUGGUCGCUCGUCUUCCACUGGAUCCUCGCUAUCACCAACUCCUGCGACUGGCUGAAGUAUGUCACUCGUUUCCCGUGCGACAUCUUUGGCUUCUACGUCGCCUUCAUCUAUCUGCAAAAGGGCAUACAAGUCCUCGAGCUCCUGGGCAACGAAGCGCCGUUCUACCUCUCGGUCAUGGUCGCCCUGCUCGUCUUCAUGAUCGCAUACGCGUGCGGCGAGCUCGGCGCCAGCCCCCUCUUCUGGCACUGGGUCCGCGUGUUCCUGAAGGACUACGGCACCCCGCUGACGGUCAUCUUCUUUACGGGCUUCGUGCACAUCGGACGUAUGACUGAGGUGGAUCUUGAGAAGCUGCCCACGAGCGCGAGUUUCUUCCCCACGGCCGAUAGGGGCUGGUUCAUCCGGUUCUGGGAGAUCCCUGUGGGCGACGUAUUCUUGGCCAUCCCGUUUGCCAUUCUGUUGACUAUACUCUUCUGGUUUGAUCAUAAUGUAUCUUCUCUAAUCGCUCAAGGGACCGAGUUCCCCCUCCGAAAGCCUGCUGGAUUCCACUGGGAUCUUUUCCUCCUCGGCCUCACCACGGGUGUUGCUGGUAUCCUCGGUCUGCCCUUCCCAAACGGCCUGAUCCCACAGGCUCCGUUCCACACGGAGAGUCUAUGCGUGACCAAAGUUGUGGCCGACAAUGAUGAGAGUGGCGAAGAAAAGGGCCAUUACUCAUUCAAGCGCACGCAUGUCGUCGAGCAACGUGUGUCGAACCUGGCUCAGGGUCUGCUGACAUUAGGCACCAUGUCCGGCCCGCUCCUCGUUGUACUGCACCUCAUCCCUCAAGCCGUAUUGGCCGGCCUUUUCUUCAUCAUGGGCUACCAAGCGCUAGCGGCGAACGGAAUCACGGCCAAGAUCCUGUUCCUGCUCCGGGAUAAGGCGCUUACUUCGAACUCGGAACCGCUGAAGCGGGUGCAGCGCCGCGCCGCGAUAUGGUAUUUCGUUGCGCUGGAGCUCGUAGCUUUCGGAGCCACCUUUGCCAUCACACAGACCGUUGCGGCGGUCGGGUUCCCGGUCUUCAUCAUGGCCCUCAUUCCCGUGCGGGCGCUGCUGCUGCCGAGGCUGUUCAGCCCAGAGGAGCUGGGCAUCCUAGACGGGCCGACCGCAAGCCCAUUCACGAUGGAGAGUGUGGGUGGCUCGUACGGCCACCAUGAAGGGAUCACCGACGUGGGCCCGGACGCUGUCGCGAGCGGCAUCGCGAGUGAAGCGCCGAUAAGUGGCAAUAGUGAGACGCUGCUAAGACGCAAAAAUGAUGAGGAUUUGGCAGAGCGUGGUCAGAGUGCUGGUCUUGGGGUUUCUGGACAAAGGGGGCCUGAGCUGAGCAAAGUCGGCUCUGCAGGUACUGGGGUGAGCAGGCGAUCGCAACCCGCGAGGAGUGGGACCGAGUGA